AGCCUUUGGAUUGAAGAAGCUCCAUAGGCGUCCUUGGCCCAUGGAUACUCACCAGGCAAUCCUCUCUUCAGCCAAUGCCUUCCGUCAUUCCUGCCUACAUGGGCGAUGGUCUGAUGCCCGUGAAGCAGCCGUCUCCCUGGCGUUGACGGCAGCUAGUGCCGCGGAGGCAACCGACAGCUGCUCAGAGGUGGAAGAGAUGGAAGGCUUCACCGACACGCGGAAGACUGACGCGCUGUGGGUUGCGGCUUCUUCGGCCCGUGCGGGAUUGCUCAAGAUGCUGGCGGCCUUCUCUGCGCGCGCUGCGCGGGGCCCGUCCCGGGACUUGGCGCUGGCCACGGCGGCCGCCUGCACCGCCAUGCUGCCAGAGGUUUGGCCAUCAGGGUCUGCCGACGACCUGCUGAGCAUGUCUGGAGUGCCGGGCUUGCUGCUGCGGGCUGUGGCUCUGGUGAGUCGAGCGACACCAGGUCUCGGGGGAUUUGCGACCCUGCGCGCAUGCCGUGCUGCGGCAGAGCUAUUCGCAGCUUUGCUGGAGGCUUCCAUGCCAGAACUACGUCAGGCAUGCGAGGCUGCACUUUUCCGUGACUCGAGCCUAUCAUCGCCGAUGCACUCUAUUGCUGAAGCUCUGCUGGGAUCAAAUCCAGACCCUCGCCUGAACGAGGCCAUCCUCGAGAUCUUGUGGCGCGGCUUGCGGCGCGUGCCGUUUGGGGCAGCCCUGGCCGCACUGAGCUCCGCUCAUCCUGCAUUGGUUUGCCUGGAAGACCGGCAGGUGGGGCUUUGCUCGAACCUGCAGAAGCUCUCAGCCGACCAGCUCUUGGCCGACUGCCGCGGCCUGGCGCUGGAACUGGCGGCUGUGGCGCCAAAUGCCAUGGCCUACGAGUGUUGUGCUGACAACGAGAUCGGGACAGCAAUUUUCUCGUCGCACUGCCUAGCAUUGCACCAGGAGGGCGAGAUGGAGCCAAAGCUGGAGCUGCCUUGGGAGCUCCUGCGGCUCCAGGACCUGGCCGGUGAGGGCCUCGAGGUGCGGGUGGCGCUGUCGCUGGACCUGGAGGAGCUCCAGGAGCUGGGCUGUGUGUCGGAGGAGGCUUUGUUGUCUUCGACACUGGAGCUGAUGCUGGAAGGGUCGCCGGAGGACGUGCGGGAGACCUUCGAGCAUUACAUGAGCGAGUGUGGUCGAGCGGGGCUGAAAGCUAAUGGCAAGGAGCCACCCGCACUGGUGUGGAACUUGGAUCCGAUUGUGGUACAGGACUCGCCACAGCCCAGGCUACAGCAAAGGUUGCAGCAAAAGGAGCAAGAACGCCAGGAGAAGCUGCAGAGGGAGAAGCAGAGGCAGAGAAAAGAACUACGGAAAGAGCAGCAGCGGAGGCAGCAGGAGCAAGACGAAUUCGAGCGAUGGGAGCAGUGGGAGAGACUGGAGCAAAGGCAAAAAGAGCAGCGCGGACCAAGGAAGCAAAAACAGCAGGAGCAGAAGGUGCUUCCGAAGCGGGAGGCACAGCAGAAAUUGGUGCGCCCCAAGCAGGUCGUGAAGGAGGAGGUGCUUUCUCAGAGUGAGGAGAGACCCCCCAGGCGUGCCAAGCCGGCUGUGCCAAUACAGUCGAAGCAAGGAGUCGCGCGAACUGUCGAUGUGAAAGCUGUGCCGCGCCCGCCGCAGGAUGCUGUCCAGAGGGUGUUGGAGGAAGCCUCGCGGCUGGCACGGGAGGUGGCAGAGGUGCAGAAGCAGUUUCAGCAGAGCAAGGUGGCGGUGGAGAAUCGCGGCAACGAGGCUACAGCUUUCCUGGAUGACAUUGAGAAGGCUGGGUCCAAGCGCUGCCGCGCAGCGUGAGGCGUGAGGGACGAUACCACAGGAGGAACUUCGGGUUUCCCGGGCGCCUCUUGGUGGCCGGCUCCGCGUUGAGCAGCAUGCUCCGCGGCGGAAUUCGCAGAGGAAUCCCGCCGCUUGGUGCGGAAGGUGUGCAUGAUUUGAAGGAUAUGCACUUGGAAGACCUCAGAGGAAGUGGGGGAACUGGUUCAUAAUUGGGGUCGCCAGCUCCUCGCUUCCUUCACUGUCACUUGUUUUUUCAAUAUCAACACUUGUUUCCAAACCCCAAACCCUCC